AUGUUCCUUCGCUCCAUCGCUCGCGCCGUCCCUCGCGGACAGGCUCCCAUCCGCGCUGGCCCCAUUGCCUCGCUGAACGCCAUGCAAGCUCGCUUUGCUUCCGACCACGCCAUCGCCAACCCCACUCUCGCUAGCAUUGAGAAGCGCUGGGAGGGUAUGCCCCCUCAGGAGCAGGCCGAGCUCUGGAUGUCUCUCCGCGACCGCAUGAAGGUUGACUGGAACCAGAUGACUCUCCAGGAGAAGAAGGCCGCUUACUGGAUUGCCUUCGGUCCCCACGGUCCCCGUGCCCAGACCCCCAAGGGUGAGGGCUGGAAGAUCGUCUUCAAGGUGACCCAGUUGACCCUCGUCUCCUUCGCCAUCUUCUACGCCAUCCACCUCUUCGCCAAGCCCCAGCCCAAGACCAUGUCCAAGGAGUGGCAGGAGGCCUCCAACGAGUACGCUCUGUCUGAGAAGAUGAACCCCAUCCACGGUAUCAGCAAGCCCGGUUACGAGGGCAAGGGCUUCGUCCAGAGCCCCCCUCUUGAGAAGUCAUAA